AUGGGUCUCUCUCUACAGAACCUAGGGCUUUCCCUCCUGAUCUUGGUUGCAUUCUCCAGCCAGGUCCAUGCCUUUGGUGCUGGUAACAUCGCAUCUCUCUCCAAGCUGGAAGGUCAGAACUGGCGUCAUGGAGAUAUCGAAGAUGCUCUUCUUGCCCUCUAUCUGGCAAGAGCAGCUGGCGGCAAGAAGUUCGGCAAGCUGGACGUCAAGCGUGUCUACUUCGGUAACUGGUUGCGUGAUUACAGUCAGGCGGUCGAUGUCGGUACCGUCAAGUACGUCAGCGCAGAAGCAAUUCGCAUCCUUAUCUGGGUACUUGGCUUCAUGAGCUUUGGAUACGGAACCAAGGAGUUCGAAGUUACGACGGAGCGUUUGGGAUGCUACCAGCCCACCGAGCAUAUCGAUAACCCACUUGGAUAUGCCGAGGGCGAAGACGCGCGUGACUAUGACCGUCGUCUGCGCGGCCCUAUCGAUGAAGAGCGGGAACUUUCUGUCGACUACCGCACUGGAUUGAAAAACUAUAUCGCCAACGAGGAUGCGGGCAUCGACACAUCGGCUGCUCUCAUUCGUCGCGUUCUGGGCCGAUCAAUCCAACUUGGUCGCCGAUAUGGCCAGUCUGGAGACAAGGACGAUCUUUAUGAAGCUCUCCGUCUUCUGGGAACUGGAUUGCACUGCUUGGAGGACUACGCUGCUCACUCGAACUACACAGAACUCAGUCUUAUUGAACUUGGAGAGACCGAGGUGUUCCCUCACGUCGGACGUGACACUCGAUUGGAGGUUGAGGGCGCCGGAGAGGUCUACCCCAUUGUCACUGGUACCUUUGGUGGUGUGGAUUUCUUCCACUCCGUUUUGGGUGAGCUGUCUGAUAAGACAAUGCAGUCUGAACUUCAGUCUUUGGAAAACGCCAUUACCGAGUCGGAUAACCAAGACGCCUCUGAGAGCUUCUUGCAGAAUCUGCUCUCUAAGAUCCCCGAGGGUCUUCUUGGUGAUAGCAAUGAUCAGACUGACAAGAUGGAUGAUUUCAAGGCUAAGGCCGAUGACGCUAGACAUGAUAGCCAAGAGGUUAACCCCCGUGAGCCCGAGGAGUGGACUCUCUACUUGAACAACGUUCAGAAGCAGAUCUACCCUGUCCUCGAGUGGCAUGACAACCUCCUGAAGCGCAUCAGCGAAGCCAUCGAGAAAAUUCCGGUGUUGCCUGAUCUGAUCGAGCAGAUCCAAGACCAGAUCACUGUCUUCGUCUUCUCCAUCUUGGCUCCCUAUGUCCUGCCUAUCAUCAAGCAGGUCAAGUCGGAGCUGGAGACUGGCUCCUCGGAGGUGAUCCAGAGCAGCCGAGAGCAACAGCACAUCGUGUUCAACGAUGACGAAUGCUCCAACCCUACCCACUCUAUGCUCUCCAAGGAUCACUUCUCCAACAUCCUCAACGAGCCAGCUGGACGUAUCGCAUCCGAAGUUGUCAAGUGGACCGUCCCCCAGCUCAUGCAAUGCUGGGACCACGAAGAUGCCGACGUCGACCGAACCCUCGACCGAAUCAUCUCCGGUGUUUUCCAUCACCCUGCCCAUCGCGAGGCUGGCCGCGACGGCGCCUCCGAUAUGCGUCAAACCAUGUUCUCAACCGUUGAAAAGUGGUGGGCUCAGAAGGAUGACGACGAACGUGAUGUGCUCCGCGACCAACUCAGCCGCGAUGGUGUUCUGGAAGGCCGCAACCACAAGGACGGUGUUCAGGACUGCGGACACGGAUGUGGCAAGCCCCUUGCACUUCCCAAGAACAGCGGUGGCGGCUCUGGUCAGGAUUCUGGUAACUCUGCCAUUGAGGGAAUUGCCUCCGAGGCUGUGCGAGGCGGUGCGCUGGGCGGUCUGCUCGGUGGCAUCGUAGGAGGCAUGGGCUCUAUGCUUCUCAACAAUAACUCGAAGCCUGGCCGGGAGAGCCCGGAGCCUCAAACCCACUCGUAUGAGAGUGGAAAUGAUUACCAGAGCCGUCCCCAUGAGAGUCAGCAAUACGGAGGAGACUCGUACGGUCAAGUAGAGUCUCGCCCUGAAUAUGGCUACCAGGGCAAUUCGGGCUACGGUGCUCCUGUUCACCAUGAAGAGUAUCGUCCCACUCCCGGUGGAUAUGAAUAUUCGAGUGAAACCACCUACGGACAGCCCCCUGUGCGUCGCGAUGAGUACUCCGGAUAUGCGCCUCCCGCGGAGAACUACGAACGCCAAGAGUACCAUUCCCGUCAGUCGGAAAGCCAGGGUUACUACCAGGAGGAGAGACGGGAGACCUACCAGAGUAGCCACUCUGAGUACCGCACGGAAGAACGGGUUGGCUAUGGAGGCCCACCUCCCGGAGAUGGAUACGGUGGUGGUGGUUACGGUGGUGGUUACGGCGGUGGUUACGGCGGCGGGUACGGCGGACCUCCUCCAGGACAGUAUGGAUAUGGAGGACCCCCGCCCCCUCGCGAGUAUGAGCAAGAGUCCUACGGAAGACCCCAGCCUCGCUACAAUGAGUUCGAAGGCUCCGGCUAUAGACCCCAGGAGGGCUAUGGUGGGCAGUACGAGGGUGGUGGUGGAUACCGCGAGGAGCGCGGUUAUGGCAGUGGCAGUGACGAAGAGCGUCACCACCAUCACCGCCGCCAUCACCACCACCACGAACGGUCUGGUUCAGACUCAUCUUAA